GUAGCGCAAGCGCAGUUCCGUUUGGUGAGGGUACCUGUCAGCUCCGGUGUACGUGGAAUUUUUAUCUCAUUUUAUGAUAUUUUUUUUGUUUUUUACAUGGUGCUAUUGUAAAUUUAAUAGUGUAUUUACCCUUGAAUCAGGGUUUUUUUCACUCUUAUUAUACAUAAAUUUUCAUUUUGAUUCUUAAACAGUAAUAUAAUAGUUGUGUUUUUGUGAAAGAAAGUUUAGUUGUACACACAUUGUCAAAAUGAUGCAAUUUAUGUUAUUGUUUAGUCGUCAGGGAAAAUUGCGAUUACAAAAAUGGUACGUCGCGCACCCUGAUAAAUUGAAGAAAAAAAUUACUCGUGAAUUGAUAACGACAAUUCUUGCAAGGAAACCAAAAAUGUCGAGUUUCCUGGAGUGGAAGGAUGUCAAGGUUGUUUACAAAAGAUACGCUAGUCUUUACUUCUGCUGUGCAAUUGAACAAAACGAUAACGAAUUACUGACUUUGGAAAUAAUUCAUCGUUACGUGGAACUUUUGGAUAAAUAUUUUGGAAGUGUUUGCGAGCUCGAUAUUAUAUUCAACUUUGAGAAGGCUUAUUUCAUUUUGGAUGAAUUGCUGGUCGGUGGUGAGAUUCAGGAAACAAGCAAAAAGAAUGUACUGAAAGCGAUUGCGGCCCAGGAUCUUUUACAGGAGGACGAGGCUCUCGAUGGUGCUCUACGGGAAGUAGGGCUUAUUUAGUCUGCUCUGCAGUAAAUAGGGCUCUUUUAAUGGAAAUAAUCGACACAUCAAAAAGUGACUGCCAGAGAAAUCAAUCAACUUGGGCCAAAAAAAAUAAAAACCAAAAUAAAAAAAGAACAAAAAGUAAAAGAAAAAAAGAAAAAAAGAAACAACAGCUGGACGAUGAUUCAUCACUUUUUAGAAAUAUAUUUCUUUUUUUCUCGUCUCCUCUUAUCUUCGACUUCCAAUUCCAAAACAUUUAGACUGGAUUAAUUUUUUGCCAUAUUUUUCUACGAAUAUAUUUAUAAAGAAAAAAAAACUUUUUAAUAUCCUGUACACAAGGAAACGUAUUAUAAUAUACAAAGUAAUAUAUUUUAAUAGAUUAGGAAAAAAUUUCGAAUUAUAAUUUGUAGUGUUUGAAAGUAGUUUUUCUAUUUUUAGAAAUAUGUGCAUUAGGCGUAAAUAUUGUAAGAAUUUAAAUAAUAAUUGUGCACAUAAACUCAAAAUAAGAAAGGAUUCAUAAAAACGAUAAUU